ACAAAAUGGAGAAGCUAAAAUCCCUCUGCUGCAAGCCAAAAUCCCAAGACGACAUCGAUAAGGGAGUGACCAUCCACUUUGGGAAAGGAAGUGAAGAGUCAAAUAGACAUUUAGGUGCAAGUAAUAGGACCAGGACUGCCAAAUACACUUGGUAUUCCUGGCUUCCUUUAUCAAUACUAUUUCAGUUCACAAGAGCUGCUAAUAUAUAUUUCUUGAUCAUUUCGAUAUUGACUGCAAUGCCAUUUUCACCAAAAAGCCCAGGAUCAAUGAUAGGAACUUUCUCAGCAGUCUUAAUCUUUACUAGUCUUAAAGAAUUGUUCGAAGAUGUCUUCAGAUGGAUUUCAGAUAGAGAGGUAAAUAAUGCCAAGACCCAGGUGCUCGAUAACUCCUCUGGAGAAUUUCAAGAGAAACGCUGGAAGGAUAUCAAACUUGGAGACAUCAUCAGAGUUGGAAAAGACGAGAGCUUCCCUUGCGAUAUGCUCUGCAUUACCUCAAGAAAGGAGAAGAUUAAUGUUGACACCAUGAACCUUGAUGGAGAAACAAUGCUGAAACCCAAGAAAAUAGUUGAUGACAAAAUUUUCCAAUAUAUCAAGGGAGACAAUAACGAAAGUGAGAGUAAUGCUGGAGAUAUUAAGGAAAGCCAUAGCGAGAAUGAAAUUAAUAAUGAAGAAAAACCUGAGCUUAAGAAAUCAACAGACAUUCAAAAAUAUGCAAACAAACUUUCUCAGUUGAAAGGAAGAAUCGAAUGUAAUUCUCCAAAUGAGGAUAUCGAACACUGGGAUGGAACUGUCUUUCUGAAUGAUUUCCCUCUAAGAAAAGAAGAUGAUAAAGAUAUCCUCGGAGAUAUAGAUUCCAUGCUCCUUAGGGGAUGCUAUCUUAGGAACACUACUUACUGUAUUGGGAUAGCAGUACAUCUUGGCAGAGAAUCAAAGAUUAUGAUGAAUGCAAAGAAGCCACCCAGGAAAGUAUCAAAUCUAAUGAAAUUAAUGAAUAAGAUGCUCUAUACUGUGUUUGGAUUUCAGCUAGCCAUUAUUACCUUAUUCGCAACAUGAUCUGUUAUAUGGACUCGGACUAAGGGAAAAGAUUACGAAUAUAUAGACCAAGACGGUGAUAAUCCUGACUUUGGCACCUGGAUCAUCCAAUUACUUACAUAUUGGGUUGCUUACUCCCAUUUAAUCCCUAUAUCUUUAUAUGUUAUGAUUGAAAUUCUGAAAUUAGUCCAGGCUCUUCUCAUAAAAUGGGACAAAGACAUUGGAGCUAAUCCAGAUAUUGAUGAGAAAGCAGCCGAGUGUAAAAAUUCUGACCUAAUCGAAGAAUUAGGCCAAGUAGACUUUGUAUUCAGUGACAAAACAGGAACACUAACCUGUAAUCAAAUGAUAUUCAAGAGUUGAACUGUUGGAGGAAGAAUCUAUAGUGAGAGAGAAGAGAGUGAAAAUGGAGGAUUCCCUAUUAACUCCCAAUUCCGUAAUAGUGACGAUAACAUCAAUGCUGCUAGAGAUAUGAGUGAAGAGGGUGAACAACUUUCUUGGUUUGAAGAAGCUCAGAAAGGAGAUGAGAAACUCCUAGAUUUCUUUAAUCAUAUGAGUAUUUGCCAUUCUGUAACUGUCGAUGUUGAUAAUGAGCCAGAUUCUAAUGAAGAUGAGAAAGAAGAUAGCGGUUGUCCUCUUUAUCAGUGUCAAUCUCCUGACGAGCUAGCUCUAGUAAAAGCAUCAUUGCAAUGUGGAAUAAAGUUAGUAGAUACCAAGGGAGGAUGCUAUUUUAUUGAAGAAGAUGGUGAAGUCUCAAAAUACCAGAUCCAUGCUGAAUUUAAGUUUGACUCAGAUCGUAAAAGGAUGUCAGUAGUGGUUGAGAUCAACGGUGAAUAUUACCUCUAUACCAAAGGAGCUGAUAACCAGAUGAUUACUCAAAUAAAUUUCCAUGAUAAACAAGAGGAAGAGACUCUCAGAGCACAUCUUUACAAGUUUGCUGUAGAGGGGCUUCGGACGCUAGUAAUGGCUAAAAAGAAGAUAUCGAAGAAAGAGAAGGAUGAAAUCGUAGAUGGAAUUUACAAUAUCCAGUCCUCCUCCGCUAAGAACAAAGGGGAGCAAUAUUUCGACCUAUAUUGAAAGCAUGAAGUAGGCCUCACUUUUGUAGGAGCCUCUGCUAUUGAAGAUAAGCUUCAAGAUGAGGUCCCUGAAACAAUUGAGAAAUUAAUGGAGGCUAACAUCAGAGUCUGGGUGCUCACUGGGGAUAAACAAGAAACUGCUAUUGAAAUUGCUAAAUCGUGCAGACUUAUUCAAGAAGACAUGGAUACAAUAGAACUCUCAGUAAAAAUGAACGAUCGUAAGAAAAGAGAUGAUGAAGAGGAUAGAGAAUAUCAGGAAAGAAUCAAGAAGGAAAGAGAAGACUACAAGAGUGAGCUUGUUGGGAAAAUCAAUGAAGGAAUUAAAGCUAUAGAGAAAGAUAUUCUAUAUCUUACUCAAGAAGAGAUUUUCGGCCUACCUCUCAAGCGCUUGGAGAAGAAAGGUAGACAAAUAGCAUUAGUGGUAGAUGGGCCUACACUUGGCUUGAUCUUAGAGAAUGAACAAAUCGGAAGACUUUUCCUAUCCUUGGGGUUAUAUUCAAAAUCUGUUGUGUGAUGCAGAGUAAGCCCUAAGCAGAAAUAGCGAAGUUGUCGCAAUUGUAAAGAAGGUAAAACCUAGCUGCAUUAGGCUCUCAAUAGGAGAUGGAGCCAAUGAUGUUCCAAUGAUUAUGGAAGCCAACAUUGGUGUAGGUAUCAGAGGAAAAGAAGGAACUCAAGCUGUAAGAUCAUCUGAUUAUGCAAUCAGUCAGUUCAAAUACCUUGAGAAAUUACUCUUAUUUCAUGGAAGAUUAGGAUACAGAAGAGUAUCAUGGAUGGUCUGAUAUUAUUUCUACAAAAAUAUUGUUCUUGUCUUUACAGAGAUAUACUUUGCCUUCUUCAAUGGAUUCUCUGGACAAAUAUAUUUCAUGGACUGGUUACCAAUGCUUUAUAACUCUUUAUGGACAAGUCUUACUUGUUUAUUUGCUUAUGCGAUUGAAAGAGAUGUGGUAUAUGAUGUAAGCAAAAAUUAUCCAAAAUUAUAUGAAGCAGGCCAACAGAAUCAGUACUUCACUUUAUGGAUUUUCUGGAAAUGGGUAAUCCUUGCUUUAUUUCAUGGAGUGAUCACAUUCUUUGGCUGUACAUACGGAUUCAGCGGAAUAAUAGACAGCAGUGGUAAAACAGACGAUUUUUGGUUUGCGUCAACUAUAGCAUUUUCAUCAAUUAUUCACCUUGUCACUUGCAAACUUGCAAUAGAGCUCAACUUCUUAAAUGUAGUAGCUAUAAUAGCAGGUGUUGGAAGCCUGCUAUUCUACUGGCUAUUUGUCAUAGUCUUCAACACAGCAUUCUUCUCUCAACUCCUACAACCAGAGCUGGAAUAUGUGUAUUUCAGAAUUUUCAGUAACUUCAACGCUUGGCUUGCAAUCUUCUUCGUUCCACUAAUCGCACUACUACCAGACAUGACCAUAAAGUAUUUCGGCAAACUGUACUACCCAGAUGCGAGCGAUCAGAUCAUCGCUAGGACAUACAAAAGAGACAAAAGCUUCAUCCAGACCUGGAAAAACAAAAAUGACUCUAGCACUAAAAGUCUCGACUCUGCUCCAGAACAUGGCAAAAAUUUCCAAAAUCUUGAAAACCACAGAUCCCCUAAAAGAAAUUUAAGACCUAAUGAAAACAGGUACUCUUCUGAUAAAGAUGAAGAAGAGUAGUCAGCUA